GCAACACAUUCUCCAGAAUUUUCAGCCGAAGAGCCAGUGGCUUGUCCUGCUCGUUCCAAAGCUCAGAGGCGUCGGAGAAGGCAGUUUUAUUUACCCACCGGGAAAGCCCCUCCUCCCCCGACCUCGUUAGCUAAGUGCACAUUUCCCUCCCCCCCCCCCCCCAAGGCACUUCACCAUCACGAGUUGCAUCAUUUUUCUUGAAGACAUUCCAUUAUUGUUCAUUGACCUUCCCCUGACUACUGAGUCCUUUGGAUUUGAGUUAUGUCAACAGCUGCUUUAAUGACUUUGGUGAGAAGUGGUGGGAGCCAGGUGAGAAGGAGAGUGCUGCUAAGCUCCCGCCUGCUGCAGGAUGACCGGCGGGUGACACCCACCUGCCACAGCUCCACGUCAGAGCCCAGGUGUUCUCGGUUUGACUCAGAUGGUAGUGGGCGUCCAGCUACCUGGGAUAAUUUUGGCAUCUGGGAUAACCGCAUUGAUGAGCCAAUUCUGCUACCACCCAGCAUUAAGUAUGGCAAGCCAAUACCCAAAAUCAGCUUGGAAAAGGUGGGCUGUGCCUCACAGAUUGGCAAACGGAAAGAGAAUGAAGAUAGAUUUGACUUUGCCCAGCUGACCGAUGAGGUCCUGUAUUUUGCUGUUUAUGAUGGACACGGUGGGCCUGCAGCUGCUGAUUUCUGUCACACCCACAUGGAGAAAUGCAUCAUGGAUUUGCUUCCUAAGGAGAAGAACUUGGAAACCGUGUUGACCUUGGCUUUUCUAGAAAUAGAUAAAGCCUUUGGGAGGCAUGCCCAUCUGUCUGCUGAUGCAACCGUUAUGACCUCUGGGACUACUGCAACAGUAGCCCUGUUGAGAGACGGUAUUGAACUGGUUGUAGCCAGUGUUGGGGACAGCCGGGCUAUUUUGUGUAGAAAAGGAAAAUCCAUCAAGCUGACCAUUGACCAUACUCCGGAAAGAAAAGAUGAAAAAGAAAGGAUCAAGAAAUGUGGCGGUUUUGUAGCGUGGAAUAGUUUGGGCCAGCCUCAUGUGAAUGGCAGACUUGCGAUGACGAGGAGUCUCGGAGACUUGGAUCUUAAAAGCAGCGGUGUGAUAGCAGAACCCGAAACAAAGAGGAUUAAGCUACAUCAUGCCCAUGACAGCUUCUUGGUCCUUACUACGGAUGGAAUUAAUUUUAUAGUGAACAGUCAAGAAAUUUGUGACUUUGUCAAUCAGUGCCAUGAUCCCACUGAAGCGGCCCAUGCAGUGACUGAACAGGCAAUGCUGUUUGGUGCCGAAGACAACAGUACUAUCAUUGUGGUGCCGUUUGGUGCUUGGGGGAAAUACAAGAACUCCGAAAUCAACUUCUCCUUCAGCCGAGGCUUUGCCUCCAGUGGGCGAUGGGCCUGAGUGCUGGCUGGGACCUCAAGUUUCUGUGCAACAGUUUUUCACUAAGUAAAUAAAGAAGCUGAUUAGAUAAAACCGUCAACUGUACCAGAGUAAACCUGUGACUCCUAGAUCAGUACACAAGCUUGUGUAAACUUAGUAACCAUUUACCUAACCGUCAACCAUGUCAGGAACAGCCGUCAUAUUUAUGUUCAACUGUACACACUUGGUAUAAAUAUGUGUAAUUCAGUUACUGUGGGUCUCUAAGCUGAGUGAGCUCAUGAAAAGUGGUUUGAUAUACUUGUUGAGUGUUACAUUUCUAAUUUUAAAAACUCUUAGGCAGCUAUGAGUUUCUUUUGAUCACUUUUGUUUAAUCAUUUGAACAGGUUCUUGUCUUCAAAUUCUUUAAUAGUAGUCAAUAUUUUUCACAAUUCCUCAAUGUAUUGUCAGCAAAUGUAUUAAUUUUUAAUAACUUUACCAACGAAUUAGUGUGAAAACUGAGUUCUCUGUUACUAUAUUUUGUAUUCUGGACCACUUAACUGGUCCAUGUAACAAUGCGAAAGAAAUUAAUUCAAAUAAUGUGACAUGCUAAAUUAUAUACACAUUAAUAUUUCUAAACAGUGCACUUAUAUUUUUCAACUGUCUCAAGGUUACCCUUCUCCCCCAAUUCAUUCCUAUUUUGUAGCUAAGAAUAUUAUAGAGAUAUGACUAUUCUUUCAUAUCAGAACAGAAUGAACAGGCUGAGUCCUCUGGUCAAAGCUAUUUGAAGUUAAAUACCAAUGGUAUCAAGUAUCUUGUAUAAAGUUUUCAUUUGUUGUCUCUAACUCUUUUUGUAUAUAGUAUGUUUAUGUCACUUUUUGUAUAGACUAAGCAAUUUGGAUAAUUUGUCAGUAAUAAUACCAUAUUGACUGAUACUGCUAUAUACGUGUGUGUGUGCGUGCAUGCGCGCACGUGUAUGUAUGUACAUAGCUUUUUGCUUAUUUCUAAGAUUCAUAAGAAAGGAUAAAUCUAAAACAUUAAAGCAUUCUAUAUUUCAGCUUGCUAUGUAAUACCUAUAUAUAUAAAAACCUAAGCGUCUGUUACAACUGAAUGACUGGAACGACCGGAAUGACCAGUCGACUAGUUGCUGUGAUGCCCACUGACCACCAGGGGGCAGACACUCAACACAGGAGAUGCCCCCUGGUGGUCAAUGCGCUCUCACAGCCAAGCUUCUAUGGUCCAUUACCCCAUCUGGCUGGCCAAUCUCCUGUGGUCCUUUCCCCCCCCUUCCCCCCCCCCCCCCCCCCCCCCGCCAGCCAGCCCCCUGAUAGGCUCUGAUUUGGGGGCCAGUUGGCCACCUUCCCAGGUUCCCUCCCCCUGGAUGGCCAGCCCCCUGAUAGGCCUUGAUUGCUGGCCUACCUGUGCAUGAAUUUGUGCAUUGGACCUCAAGUAGGAGUAUAAAACUAUACUUCCUUAUAUUUACAUGUAAGUUUGCUGUUAAAAUGUGACUCUCUAAAUGUGUGUUUGGAAUUAUAUCUGCAGUUUAUUUCUGUAGACAAUGUAAAUUUGUUAUAUGUGUGAGUGUAUAUACAUAUGUAUAUUUUGCAGUGACAUAAAAUUUAAAGGGAACAAUCCUGUGUAGCUCUUUCAACAGCUUUAAAUUAUUGAUGUUUAUAUCUAGGGACUCUUGACAAACUGAAGGCAGUUUUAAUAGUGGAGAAUCAAUGGUUAUUAGCAUGUGAGGUGACUUUAAAAAUGGCUCUAGGAGAUAUUUCAUGGUAGGUGAUUAUGUGGAAAACCAGAGAAGAACCAGUAUGUUGAAGCUAUGUUGUUACAUGGUAAUUUGCCUAUAAAAUAGGAUGUAGGAAAAUACUGGGUGUUAAGAAUGACAUGGAGUUUUGCUGUAGAAACAAAAGAAAAACCAAAAAGAUAAAUUUGGUGUAGUAUAUAUCUUCAACUCUCAGUUUUGGGGGUUGACCUUUAUUCUUUCUUUAAGUUUUAUCUGAAGGCUUAGUAGAAGGAAGAAGACCUAGCAUAUAUUGUUCACAUUCUCUCACCUCUUUUGGAAAUGGAAGAAAAUGAAUCUUGAGUUUUCUAGCUUAUGUUAAAAUUUUGUAUACAAAAAAACAUAAAUAGUAAAGAAGUAUCUCAUUUUUUUUUCCAAAGGAAGUUUGGUGAAAGAAAGGAAAAUAUCACAGAAAAGGGUAUAGUCUCCUAUUUGUUGUCUGAGAAGUGAGGACUCCAAGGUAGAUGAGGGAGCUGGAAAACUUCCUUGUUCUUUUUGAAUCAGAUCCGUGGAACAUAAAUAUGCAACCUACAUUUCAGAAUAUGGAGCAUUUCCAAACUAAUAAGGAAAUAAAAACUCUAAAGCACAAAAUGAUAGUUAGAGAUGUAAGUUUCAUUUUUGUUUUGAAUUCUUCACAUUACCAUUUUCCUUUUCCUUUAAAAACUGAAGGUGGGAGUGACAUGAGUCACCAGUGCAUUGAGGUGGGUUCCAGGUUUGACAAAGGGAAAUUUGUAGGGUUGGUCAGGCUCUGCUGUGCUUCACCUCAAAAGCUUUUAAAACUCCAGGAUGGUUAACUUGGACUAAGGCAUGAAAUAUACUUGUGUUUGUUUUUCAAGCCACAGUGUUGAAGGACAAUUUGCAGAUUAUUAUAAUUCAUAAAAGAUAAGCAUACAUGGAUGGUCUACUAUUGGGAAUUAUGCAAAUGGAAGUAAAUAAAAGGAUUUUUAUAGUGUUUUUGUUGUUAUAAUUAAAUUUGCCAUGUGGCUAUUACCACGUGGGUUUAGGUAUGGUGUAAAUUAUAUUAAUGUAAUUAAGCUUAAAUAAUUUGUAUUUAAGUUUGCCUUUCUUUUAUAUGUAGUAUAUAAAUCAUCUUUCUAAAAUGUGUUGCCAAACUUUAUUUGCCAACAUUUAUUUGGCAAAAUUAUCUUGAAAUUGUGAUUUUUCACAAAUUAAGUACCUUACACAUUCAAAACUAAAUGCUGUAUUUCUUUGCAUCAGCUGUUUGUUUGUUACAGAUCUUUCUGUUUAAGUACUUCGAAGUCAGAUGCUAUUUUUUUUUCCUGAAAAAAAAAUAGUUUUGGAGGGAUCAGUUUUGAAUCUCUAUACUCUAUGAUAUGAACUUAUACUUGAGUUCCAACCUUAAAAAAAUUACUUACUUUGAAGAAUUACUAGCACAUAAUCCAAAUAGAAAUUAUUUUUUCAAAGAGAAAUUUGAUUUAUCUUUUUUUUUUUUUUUUUUUUUUUUUUUUUUUAGAAUCUUGGCAGGGAAUGAGUAUGCUAAGUGUUAAAUAUCAGCCAGGACAUUCAGUUUCCUUUCAAAGAAUGGACAAAUAUUUCAUCUCAUGGUCAUAUGACAGUAAGAAAAUGCUUCAAGGCAGGGUGGGGGAAGGGAUGGUAAAGUUUAGCACCAAACAAUUCAACAUGUAUUUUCCUUUAGCACUUCAAUUGUUCACAUGCCCAUGUCUGAAAAGUGACGUACAUUUUUGUUGGGUUACAGUUUAUUGUUAGAUUCACUUAUCUGGAUGAUUUAAGCAGAAAUAAAAGGCUGGAUUGUGAUGAUCUGCCUGAUGCGUUUGGCAUCUGGAAGAACAGCUGGCUCUCUGGCAACUCCCAUUGGUUGUUAGAUGGUUGAAACGGUUCAUUGAUGGUCAUAUCGAGUGUUCUGGGCUGUGAGGUCAUGGAGUUAUCCCACCUCCAAGAAUGACUCAUCUGCCACUGGCUUCCAGUACAUAAUAUAGCAGCUUGGUAUGUCCAAAAUUAAUGUGAUUUCUCCCGAAUUGCUCUUGUACACAUUUGUUUUAUGAUUUACCAAAGUGCUACUUGGGUGUAUAUCCUUUUCUAUAGUGAGCUGAUGUAAUUGUUGCUUUGACCAUUGUUUUAAAUGUAUCUAUUAAGUAACUGAACAGACUGAAACCACAUAUCGCAGUGCAAGACACCAUUUUAAUAAAAUACAUGCAUUAAACA